AUGCACGCAACAUCAAUUCCUCGUUCUCAACAAAAGUCUCCUCUGGUUCGAGAAGCGGCUAAGCCACGUCGCUGUGAUGAGAUAGAUGUACAGCAAAGUAGGAAUGGCCUUCUGAAACUCACAAAAUCUACACAAUUUUUAAAAUUUCCCUCGUAUUUCAGAUUCGCCUACUUCGUGAAGCAAUCCACUGGUAUCCUUUCCAUCUUCAUUCUCCCCUUCCAAUCGUCGCGGUUGGAUAUGGAUGGUGUUGAGGCCAUCGUAACACCAGAUGAGGCUACUCCAAUUAUUCCUGGUUGUGUGUAUAGUGUCAAGGCAAUGCCUGUGAAACCUUUUUCAUCCGAUCCAGGUCUUGGUCGAAAGGCCCUUUCUCUCUGUGAGAGCUUGACAGAUUUUCUUGAACAAGACGAGAGACUCACAGUUUUCACGUCUCCCAGUGUUGACAUUGACGCUGCCAAUGAUACGUCAAUUUUCUUACUUAAAAAUUCCGACAGACUGCAUUUCACUCUUCAGAUGUCUGCUUUCUCUGAAACUGCCAUUUUACCCACGUACUCUCCUUACUUGUCUACGAAUUCACGAUGUAUUUUAACUGGAAUUCUGUUGCACGAGUUUCCUUCAGGUUCAGCGAUUGCUGAUGAGUUUCUUACUGCUCUCGAAGGUGUUCCUGCCUUGCAAAACGCAACUGGAGAUGAUAAAAUCUCUUCCAUCUUUGCAAUCUACUCUGAAGAAAAUGAAGAGGUAUACUUUGUGCUUUGCACUCAUGAUGCCGUCACUCCUUUGGCUCUAAUCAAUGCCUCAAACAAACUGCAUUAUAGUCGACAUCAGGCCUGUCGGGUGAAAUUAUCUCUUGUUGGUGCUAUUGUAGUAUUUCGGGUCUUCAUAUAUAGCUUAGUAGUAUAUUGGUUGGGAAAGGAAUUGUAUGUCAGUGAAUGGUUGAGAACUCACGUUUAG